AUGAAGUUCGCCGUCAUCGCCUCUGCUGCCGCGCUCGUCGCUGCCACCAACGCCGCUACAUGUGACGUGACCGCACUCCAGACGAUCAUCACCUCGCCUGAUGCUGCCACUUGCAUGACCGACUCUGGUUUCUCGGGAACGACGCUGGUCACGCCCACGGACGCCGAGCUGGCCAAAAUGUGUACCAGCACGGCCUGCCAGUCGCUGCUCUCGGACGCCCGAGCGGCCGCCCCCACGGAGUGUACGGUGGGCACCUUCGCCUUGUACGCCGACCUGAUCACCCCGCUCAACAGAGUCUGUUCUGGCGGCUCGUCCUCCGGGUCGUCGACUUCGGCCACCGUGGGCUCUACCGAAGGUUCAUCGGCCACCAUCACGGCCAACUCCACGAUUUCGGACUCCUCAGCUUCAGCCUCCUCAUCGGGCAGCAGCAGCAGCGCCAGCACGGCUGUCGUCUCGAGUACCAACCUCGUCGCUCGAGCUGCUGUGGCUUGCGAGGCGACCCAAACUGGUCAGCAAGACCCCGUAGCGGAGAAAUCAUCUGACUACAACACGUUGGGGCCAAAGUGGCCGUCAAGCAGAAGCAUGAACCUCGCGACGCCCAUUACGAGCAACCAGAUCUCGUCUUCGCCUUGUGCAAUGACCAGCGAGACCAAGGCACGCUGUACCCAAGAGUUAAGGUCUCCUCCAAACUUCGCAUCUCGCAUGUUCCGACUAGUCUUCAAGCCAAAACAGCGCUCUGCUAAUCAGCGAGCCAAGUCAUGGCCGGGAUGUGCCGAAUUCGCAGCUGUCAGAGGCCAGUCCAGCACUAGCAUCGAGAUUCCAAGCUCAGUUCCACCUUGGGUACCUAGGGCGCAUAUUAAACUCCAGCAAGAUUGCAAACAGACCGCAGACGACAGCAACAGUGAAGCUUCGUGGCGGGAGCGCCAGGGCGUGGCGGGACCAGCUGCGCAUACAGCGACUACAGUAGCGACAUCGAUGGAGCGCUAUGGUUUUGACGACUCAUAA